GCAAUUCCUCCCCCCAUGCUGCCGUCCUCGGCCAGCCAGCGCAGAGGCGUCUGGGAACCCCUCUCCCUCAUCGUAUACGGCUAUGCUAUCCACCCGCUUUCCCCAGGACAACGCGACACAAGGGUUUCUGGUCGCACUGCUCGCCUCUCCACGGUUACUGAAGGUUCAGAAGGCGACUUUCCUCACAGGGAUAUCGUCUCGUUAGAGGUUGGUGAUGAGAUAUACGCGUUUGAGAAGUACACACCCAAGGGCAAGGAGUGCGAAGGUGUUUGGUAUCGCGGAUAUGUUGUGUGUACAACACGGCGACCACCGAUAAACUGGUCUGCUGCUUCGGAUCCGUCGUCUUCGAAGACUUUGAAGGUGGCGGAACCCCAGCAAGUGUUCAUUGGUAUCUUCCCCGCCUCCCACAUCCAUGUUCGAGACGAACUCUCGGACGCAGAGGGGCGCCUCGCGGAUGUGGCAUCCCAGGUUAAUGGGAAUAGAGACAAGACUCGAGAGAUGGAACCGUUGAAAGAGGAAGAUGAAGAGUCAGAACAAGCGCCUAAUCGCAGUCAAUUUCGGUUAGGACCUCCACCGGACCAGGCCAACUCGUCGCGGGCGGGUUUGCCUGUCUACCCACCUAGCCUCCGUUCAGUAUCACCAUCAGAGUCACAGCCCUUCAAGCCGCUUCCUCCACGUCCAUCGCUCAAAUCUGGGGACGAUACUCUGUCUGGGCAAGAACAACCGAUUAUAGACGAAAUCGCUUCUGCUCUACGAGAAUGGCAUAACUUAAUGUUUCUCUACCUCGCAAGGCGGGACUAUGCGCUGUUUUAUACGGUGCGAGAACAUAUUGAGGCGUUGCACUUGGGGCGCCGGCAAUUGCUUGCUCAGACGUUGAGUGCAGAGGAGACUGUGAGUUUGCGGCGAGAUUGUGUGGGAAGACUUGUUAGCGGAAACGUUGUUCAAGGACUCGACAUCAUUGUGAGGCAUCCAACUUGGGGUGGCCUUGUCACCGUUGACGUUGAAGGCGAAAUUGACCCGCGAAGCUGGGUCAGUGCUGUGCGGAUGUAUGCCAUGCAAGUGGCGUUAGCAUACAUAGACGUCAAGGCACCUGCGUUGGGCGCCGCGGCGGAGUACACGUCGGUCGUGCCACCCACUGGACCCUUGCCUACACCUGCAAGUUCUGUCUUUCCCGAUGUCGGUCGUCCUAGGGGAAACUCGCGCGUCCUCGGUUCACUUGCGCCACCUCAGCCAACAAAGCCAGUAUCUGCUAAGUUUUAUCAUGUCUUCCUCGAUUUGCGCGCUUUCGUUGCGUCGCCAUGCUCUCCGGGAGAGACGGCCGAGCUGUAUUUCUCAUUGUACAACAAGAACGAUAUGCGCUUUGUAACAGAAGAAUUUUGCGCUGUGUUGAAUCACAAUGGUGUCCUCGCUCGGGAUCCGUCUGCACGUAUCAGGACUUUGUUUACGGACCUCGUGCAAGCGGACAUCCAAGAGCCGAUUUACCUCGUCUGUAAAAUUAUCCGCAAUGGUGCCUUGAAGAUAACAAACACAUUCAACUCUGGGAUCCCGGUCGAGAGUGCGUCUCGCGGCUCUGGGGAAGGUGCAACAGCCGGGCGGUGGGAACCUUCCGCCACAUUGAACGGUAACAAUUCAUCGACCAAUGUAACACGCGCUGGUACGGUAUCUGAAUCGGGAUAUUCCGGUCAAUUCAGACGGCCAUUUGGUUGUGCAGUUCUGGAGCUGUCUCAGUUGAGGGAGUUUGCUAAAGAACAUGCUGCUGAGGGUAGUGGUCCAACUAGGGAGCAUACGAUGCCGAUUUUUGUUCCGACGAAUGAGGCGGUGUAUUCGAUGCUUCACCAGGAUAUCAUUGCAGGUAAUAAUAAAGAAUAUGAAAAGUCACCAAGGGCGGAAAUGCUGGCUGUAUCGAUUAAGGUCUUUCAUGGAGACGCAAAGACGAUUGUCCGCGAGAAUCCCUCGUUACUCAUCAAUAUUCCUUUGACUGCACGUCUCGGGUUUCCUGACGUCGUGUUUCCCGGAGACGUUCGCAAUGAAAUGUACAUCAAGCUGUGGAGUGGAGAAUUCUUCUCUUCAAGUAGUAGCGCCCGACUUAGCGUCACGAAUUUCACGCGGGGCUCGAUAUCCACUUCAAGCAAUAAUGUACAAGUGACAGUCGAACUAAGGGACAAUCUAGGGAACGUGGUGGACCGAGGCAUAUCUCCAGGUAGCGGUGAACCACCUGUUACGCAAUUCCAUUCUAUGGUCUUUGUACGGAACAAUGUGCCUACGUUCGGGGAACUCAUGAAGCUGCAGUUGCCGUUGAAUGGACCACCAAACUGGCAUCUAUAUUUCACGUUCCGGAAUCGUAGUUCGAGAGAACGCCCAGGGACGCGUGGUGUUAACGAGCUUGAGAGGCCCUUUGCAUUUGCUUUUCUCCCUCUACUGCCUGAUUCGCGCGCCUUUUUGGAGGAUGGAAGCCAUGCGUUGAUAUUGUAUCGCAGUUCGACGGUCAAUCAGAUUCCUGCGGAGACGUAUCUCGCAAGGUUGCCUUGGACGUCAGGAGGGCAGAGGAUGGAGAGUCUGGCAGUUGAUGCUGAGAUGAUGAGGACAUGCCCUCCUAUUCGCGACAACCUGGUCAUCCGGUCUUCACUCUGUUCCACGAAAUUCACGCAGAAUCAGGUAUUGCUGAGCCUGCUCAAUUGGGAUCAGCUUCAUGACCGGGAAAUGCUGUCGACCAUCCUGUCGAAGUUCACCUUCGUUGGCGAAGUGGAGAUCGUGAAGUUCCUACGGGAUAUUUUCGACUCGCUGUUUGCCAUCCUUAUCUCACCAAGUAAUAUUGCCGGGGAGAUGGAUGGCCUGGUCUUCAAUGCACUGGUCACUGUUCUCGGCAUUGUACAAGAUCGUCGUUUCAGCAACUUCCAGCCGGUUCUGGAUGUGUAUAUCGAGCAGCACUUCAAUUGCUCGUCUGCCUCGUCUCACAUGAUCCAGUCGUUGAAUCGUCUUCUAUCGAACCCUACUGCAGCAGAAAACGCUAUGCCACUUCGUGCGGCGCUUAAGGUCUGGCAUUAUCUCAUCAAGUUCAUUGUGCGCUCGCGUGAGCUGCAGAAGUCGAAGGAGCUUGGGAUUGCUGGUGGGGCGACUGCGGAGCACUUGGAGGCCACUUUCAAGCGCGAGCUGCAAACACACCUUGCGGAAAUCAAUCGCAUGAUGUCGACUACGACCCCCGCGUCGAUAAUUGGGACGCAAACGAUUGCGUUGCAGCAUUUUACAUCUAUCUUACCCGAGCUGGCUAAAGUUUUCCCUACUGUCGAGCUUGUUUCAAUUGUCACGAGUUUCGCGAACUCCGUCGCUAGCACUAAGGGAAAGGUUGUGAUCUGGAAGCUGAUUACGUAUCUUCAGGUCGUGAAAGGCUUUUUGUUUGACAUUCCUGCCUCUCGUUCGCUUCUUGUCGAAGCUGUUGUGAUUUGGAUCAAGCCACACUUUGGGAGGUUCGAUGAGUAUACGCAGACGAGCCCUGGUGAUACGGAAAAUGCUAAGGAUAAUGCGAGGGUUAGCUGGUUGGAAAGUAUACGCAUUUGCGUUACUGUUAUAGCGGUUAUGUUGGAUAAACUGCAGCAGAACCUCGUUAAUCCAGCUACUGCCUCAGAUCGUAAUUUGUUGAGACAGGAGCAGGAUAAUGUUGAAUAUCUAUUGUCGCUUAUGCCUAGACUACUUGACUCAUACAGAGAAUUCCAAAGCCAAGAAUCCAUCCGGGCGUUGGAACGAACUCGCUCCGGUCAAGCAUUAGCUGCACCUGUGCCUGUCAGCUUCCCCGAGUCCUAUCCAUUCUCACUAUUUGCACAUGCGCCGAGCACGGAUCGAGAGGCGUCGUCCGCUGCUGCAUCCAGCCAAUCAAUUCAAGGCGCAGUAUUCAACUGCACCCUCGCCGAGAUUGCGAUUGUUUUCUUGGUACUUGUCCUCUCUUCGCCGAAGAAGGACAUCACGAAUUUCCUUGAAGCGAGCUUAGAGAUUGAAGGGAAAGAGAACUUUGCUAGUCUCAUUUCUGGGUUCUUUAAGGUGGGAUGCUCGAUAUUGGAUAACGAGGCGUUCCCGAGUAGUUGGUUGAAUGUCAAUAUUCUGGCGCAUAAAGUGCUUAUCAAGAUGGCUGAUCCGGUCGCGAAGCUGCUCGAACGGGAUUUCAUACCGGAGCAGGAGGAUGAAUACCUGUUCAAUAAAACGUUGUGGAGGGAAGCUUUGUACACGCUUUUGAAGUUGUUGUCAUCUGAGCAACUUGUCAUUGAAGAGUUCAGUCCGCAGAAACGACGGGCGGUAUGGCGAUUAGCUGGGGAUAUUCGUGGAGAAGGGGCCACUAUUCUCUUACGACUGUGGGAGGCCCUGGGAUGGCCCGAACAAGUAUCGGCUGAGGCUGGUGCUGUAACGAGAUACGGGGGAUAUCAGGUUGCGAUGAACACACUGGUCGGGCACGUCGUCAAUCUGUGCCUGAGUCACCACGAUCGGCUGCGAAACAAUGCCGUCCAGAUUCUCUACAGCAUGAUCGUUUCCGAGUACCACAUCUCUCAAAAUUUCGACGAUAUCGAGAAUGAGCUUGUGAACAAGUUGGAUACGUUGUUUAUGUCUGAUAGUAAAGCGGACGAUAUUUCGCGGACGUUUUUCAUUGGGCAGCUUCGACAUCUUUUUGAGAGUUCAUUUGUGGAUGAGCAGUUACGGCAACGGGUGUCGAAUUUUUUGGAUUCUGUGGAUUUGUUCUUGGAGCUUCUUCUCAAUGUUCGCGCGUUGCCGGAAGGAGAGGAGUUUGCGGAUGAUAGGGUCAUUGCAACGCUGCGCUUAAUGAACUUUAUCCGCCGGAUAGGUCGAGAUGAAAUCUAUAUUAAAUAUGUGCACCAACUCGUUAAUAUGCACCUGCAAAGUCAAAAUUAUGUUGAAGCGGCUUUGACCCUCAAGUUACAUUCGGACCUGCAUGAAUGGGACCUUAAUUCAUUCGUCGAACCUAUGGAGGACCUAGGCCUUCCUCGACAGUCACAGUUCCAUCGUAAAGAGACGCUGUGCCUCUUGAUCCUGGACUACCUGGGCAAGGGCAAGGCUUGGGAGAAUGCUGCUCUGAUUUGCGACGAACUCGCUAUCCAGCAUUCCGAGGUCACGUACAAUUAUUCGCGACUGGCUGAGAUUCUCCGGCAUAAGGCAUCACUACUUGAGCACAUAGUGACAGAACAGCGCUACUACCCCGAUUACUUCCGUGUUGCGUUCUACGGUACAUUCCCGGUGGCAAUUAGGAACAAGCAGUUCAUUUACCGGGGAUAUGAAUGGGAGAAAUUCGGCGCGUUCUGUGAUCGAAUGUUGAAUAAGCAUCCUGGAUCUCAGUUAUUGCGGACGAUGGGAGAUCCACCGGUUGAUAUACGUUUCGGCACUGAUCAGUAUAUUCAGUGUACUGCUGUUACGCCGGAGCCGGAUAAGUCGUUGCCUAUAUUUAAUAAUCCGGAUGUGCCGACUGCAGUCCGGAUGUAUUAUGAGCACAGUGCGAUUAAUAUCUUCAGCUGUCAACGUCCGAUCACCAAGAUCGGUGCGAACGGAGAGGAAGAGACUUGGAUACUGAAGACGUACUUUACAACGGAGGAGACUUUCCCAACGGUGCUCAAACGAUCCGAAGUCAUUGACAUCCAUACGGUCGAGAUCUCGCCAGUCGAGAGUGCACUGACGGAUGUUGAGCAGAAGACAAAAGAUCUGAACAUACUGAAGGUCAAAUAUUCAGCUUUGGCAAAGACUGGGCAGCCCGUAUCUACGAAUGCGCUAUCCAUGACGCUUAAUAAUGCGGUCGAUGCGCCUGCCAAUGGAGGAAUUGCUCUCUAUCGCGAAGCCUUCUUGUCGCCUGAGUACAUUGCACAAAAUCCAGACCGUGCGGAAUUAGUGCAUAGAUUACGAGAGGCGAUCGACGAUCAGGUCCGGAUUAUUGAUGGCUGCCUAAGGCUUCACGGAGCGUUAUGUCCGCCGGAGAUGAUUCCCUUCCACGAGACGCUUGAGCGUUUCUUCCACAAAAAUUUCUCAGAGGAGAUUGGUCGCCUUUCGAUGGACGCUUCGCCUAUUGCGCCAUCCAUCUCGCCUUCUGCACGGUUCCCUCCACAGGAUUCGGGUUCGUUGACUCAGCUGCAAGAGCGUAAUCGGUCUGAGUCUUCCCAUGCGACUGGUGCAACGGCUCGUUCCAAGAACUUCUACUUGCCGCCACUUCAGGUGGGACGUUCAGUCGUCACACCUCCACCUGUGUCUCCACAUUCCGUUCGUGCGCAAGGUGGAAUGGACGGUGCUCAUGGUGGUUCUACUGGUAAUAUUGCUGGGCCGUCUGUACCGCACGCGAAGCAAACUCCGCUCCAACGGAACCUGGCGCAUCUCGCGCGGCAUGGGUUUAAUGGAGUGGCAGUUGGUCCGGGUCCAGGGACGAAUAUGAGUUCAGACGCUGGCGGAGGGUACAACGUGGGCGCGGGUGGGCUAGGCGGUGAUACUAUUUCUGUUGGUUCGCCGCAGGGCUCGCUUGUGAAUGUUGGAACGACGAUUGGGGGUGCGAGUACGAUAGCGAGUGGCGCUGCUUCUGCGAUGGCGUCGAAUUUGGGGAGUAGUAUUGGAUCGAUUAAAGGUCGGUUCUCGCGUCUUGGAAGUUUGAACUUUGGGCGGCACGGUCGUGAGGGGUGAUUGGGCUUCCGCUUGGAUAACCCGGCUAGUUGGUCGGUCUCCUGUCGUCUCGUCUCUUUUGCUUUGUAUUUGAUUGCGCUUGCAUCGCAUGUUCUUUUUAUCAACUAACUCCCUCAAGUAUUUUGUCCGCAAUUGUUAUUUGUGCUCAUAUCGUAGGGUCUUAUUAUCGUUGACUUGUUUUCUCGUCUAUCUAUCUCCAUCCCCAUACCCCCCUGUCG